UUAAAGAAAUAAAAAGGGUUAUGGCUCGUUUUAGCAAAAGAAAACUAGUCCGACAAAAUUAAUCUCUCGUCGUCCUCAUCUCUUCAUUUCUUUCAUCUUCUGUCAUAAUUUGCAACCUUUUUUUCCGUAUCCGAUCUCGAAGCACAAUCUCUUUACAAGCUGAAGUCACCACCUUUUUCUUCAACAGCUAAGCCACUUUGGCUAAUAGUGGUACAGAAAUCUCAAGAAUUGAUCCAAGUUGGCUUUGAUGGGAACCAUAGACCUUAGGGCUGCUGCAGAUGAAAACUCAAUCGCGAAUCUCAGCAGUCAAGUUCACCAGCUUCCUUGCUGCAUUAGAUUUGAGGGUCCUGCUCAAGUUUCCCAUUAUUUCAAGCCUAAAUCCAGUGAGGUCGAAAUUGAUGGAGUGAGAACGGAAGAAGCUCAUUUCAGAGGAAGGAAGUUGCAGGGAGCAACUAUCUCACUCCCUAGUGGUUAUUCUGGUUUUGUGCUUGGACAGGCGAGUAACCGAAAUGCUAACGGGAAGAGAAAAGCUUCUAGUCUCACAGAAGAGAAACCUUGUUGGGAAGUGAAGGCGAAAUUCGAUAAAAUGACAUACUGGAACCACGAUAGUCUUCCUUCAAAAGACGAUACUUUCUUGCGGUCUUUUCAUUGGUUUAACAUUGCAGAAGCGCUGCACAAGCCAGUGACAGUUGAAGACUUGGUUGCAGUAUCACAUGGUGGAAAGGGAUAAAAAUUAUGCUACUAGAAACAAGUAGAUCUUGACAUGAAAUUCUCUGUACUUGUUGGGUUAAUUACUUGUUUUGAGCCUGACUCGUGUAUUAUUUCUGUAAAACUUUUGUUAUUUUCUAAGACACGAAACUUUGGGAGAAAUCAUUUCAUUUUUCUUCAUAACAGUCUCGUCACAAACAAUAGAUUUUA